GGGCCAGCCUGUCCUUGUCCACAGGAGCCCCGGCAGCCUGCGUACCACCAGUCGCCCUAUGGACCCUGCCACUAUGAGAUGAAGCAGUUCCUGGAAUGCGCCACCAACCAAAGUGACCUGACCUUGUGUGAGGGCUUCAACGAGGCCCUGAAGCAGUGCAAAUAUAGCAACGGUGUUUCUUCUCUCCUGUGAAGACUCCCCUUUCCUGUAGGGAUAACAGAGCCUGGUAUAGGGCCCUGCUGGCUGCAGGGAGUGGAAGGAAGGACAGAUGGACAGGUGAUGAUGUGGAAGGAACAGAAGGACCAGAUAAGAGUCUUCUAGUGGUAACUCACUUCUAGACUAGUAAGGAAAGAAUAGUUGAGCCGAUGAGACUGGAAUUCAGAUAGCCCUGUAUCUGUUGCAGAGAAAUAAAGGAGACUAUGUGAACCUGUAA